AUGCCGAAAGGAAGGAGCUGGAAGAAGGCGGAGCUGGACGCCUCUCGCGCGAGGAACAAGGCGAUGGUCGCCUCCAAGCACCGAUACGACCCGAUCGCGCCGCUCGCCCUCUCCUCCGGCGUUGAGAAUAAUUUGAAAUCGUACAAGGGCGUCGUGAUGAUCAACGAGGACAGGCUCACCGUGAUGGAGACGGAGCGCGACGCCGCGCGCGACGCCGCCGCCGCGCGAUCCGCGGAGCUCGACGCGGAGAAGCACGUCGCGCAGUUCCAGAUGGACGAGCUCAGGCGCAAGCUCGCGGACGCCGAGGCUGCGAAGACGAGGCUCGCCCGGGAGGUGGAAGAGCUGAGGCGGAAGGUUGCCGUGGCGGUGACGCCGGUGCGGGCGGCGGUCGUCCCAUACACGCCCGCGGCUCCCGGCGACGUCGCUCGCGGCGCCGCGAACGUCAACGACAGCGCGGGCACGCUCGGGUCCGUCGGGGGAUCCGGCGGCGGCACCGGCGAACGGAUCCUCCUCGGCAGCGCCGGCGGUUCGGUAGGAGGAAGGGACAGCUGCGACGGCAAAUCGGAUUCUCAGUCGCGCUCAGUCCCGAGCACGUCCGCGGCGCCCGACGGACACAAGCGGCCCAAACGGAUCUGCCAGAAGAACCCACCCCCGCGGUUCAGCCUCGGCGACGUCGACGCUGGAUUCGACAGACGAGAUUCGAACGACGACGACGACGACAAGGACGACGACAAGGAUGACGAGAAGGACGAUGAGAAGGACGAUGAGAAGAAGGAUGAGAAGGACGACGAGAAGAAGGAUGAGAAUGCGUCGCCGGAGCGGAGGAGGUUCAAAAUCCCGAGCUCGCCCGGCUUGGAGACGCUCGCGACGGAGGCGGUCGAGGAGCGGCGGCGGUCGUUGUCGCGUUCGCCGUCGCCCAUCCCGGUGGACGCGACGCCCGUUCCCGUCGGCGACGUCGCGGGUUCGAAUCCCGGCGCCGUCGCGAAGCGGCGAAGGGGUCGGCCGCCCGGGUCCAAGAACAAGCGAAAGGCGAUUGAACCAACAAUCGAAGACUUCGACGAGGAGGGCGUCGACAUCGUCUUCGAGGUGGAGGACGAGGAGGGGAACGUGGAGGCGCCCGCGCCGGCACCCGUUCUCGAGACGGUUCACGUCGUCGGUGAGUCACCGCCCGGUGAGUCACCGCCCGUCGUCAAGCGCAAACGCGGCCGACCGAAGGGAUCCAAGAACAAGACGACGACGACGACGAGGGAACGUUUCUUAUUCGACGUCACGAACCGCGACUCUGAUGAGACGAAGGACGAGAAACGAACCGUCGCGGAGGAGGAGCCCGGCCGGACCUUCCCGGCGACCCAAUCGGCGGGUGUCGUCAAGCGCGGACGCGGUCGACCGAAGGGUUCGAAGAAUAAAAAGAAAGUCGUUCACCCCGAUGGACAUCCGACGUCGGUCGACGAGGGGGAGUCGGGGGACACGGUUCACGCGGAGCGGGCGCGCAAGCGACGGUACACGUGCAAGGGCUGCGGCGAGUGCGGGCACAGCGUCAAGACGUGCGGACGCGUGCGGAUGUGA